AUGACGCAGGGAUCGAUUGCGUUCAUGCCGACGACGGAGAUCGAGAUCCGCGACGCCGUCUUCCGCGCGCCAGAUAUUGAUGGGAAGGGCGGCGAACUCGUCCGCUUUGAUCGCGCGACCAUCGCUGUGCGCUGGUCGAAAAUCUUGUCGGGAGCCGAAGCGAUCAGCAGCAUCACCAUCGAGGUCCCACGACUGCGUGUAAGUCAGGAUACCGAAACCGGCGCGGUGAACCUCGAAGCGCUCAAUCUCCAAAAAUCAGGCGGCGGCGGCGCAACCACUCCAGCGAUUACCAUCUCCGACGGCAUCGUCGAGAUCGGUGAGCACACCGGCGCGGACUACACGACACUGAAACAACUCUCAGUGAUUGGUUCGCUUGCAACCCCCGAUCGUGACGGCGUGGCACGAUUCAACUUCCUCUCCACGCCGACCACGCCUUCGAUGUCGUCAGACGAGGCGUUGCCCCGCGGCGAUUUCAUCGUUUCGGGAACGAUCUCCAAAGCCGGCGUGCAAGGCGAGAUGACCGGACUCACACUCGAGGAUUGGCCAGCAAGUAUCGUCCCGUCACGCGUGCGCGAGAUCUACGAAUCACUUGAUCUUCGCGGCAAGCUUGCGCCCACCAAGUUCAGCGUUGACAACAGUGGUCAACCCAAGAUCACCCUCACACUCGAAGGCGUUGAUGUGAGUUUGCCGUUUGAUCCGCCCGAAGAGUUCGCGAGUCCAGAACGCUACCUCCGUAUGCGCUCGACCAAAGGGACCAUCAACUUCGGAUACGGCGGACUCACGGCCAAUCUCACCGGAGACAUCGAUGAGUUGCUGUAUGAUGUGAGCUUCAAGCUAGACGAAUACUCCAUGACCAGCGCGUUUGUGUGUGAUCUGCGCACCAAGUUCCGAGUCGAAGAAGGAUUCCGACCGCUCCGCUUUCUCCCUGAACGCGUGACGGCGAAACUCGAUCGAUUCGUCGAUCUUCGUGCGAAUAUCGACGCAACGAUUAAUCUAUCUCGUAAGCAAAGCUCAUCCAAAGACGCUCCGAUCCUUGUGUCUGGGAAAGCGGUGGUCUCGAACGCUUCAGCGAAGUAUUACGAGUUCAUGUAUCCAUUCGAGGAAAUCAACGGCACGAUUUACUUCGAGCCAGAUGGUGUGAGCUUUGAUGGGAUCACAGGACAGGGACCAACCGGUGCCAAACUCACCGCGAGCGGCAAGUUUGAUGGACUGGGUGAGACCUCUGUUGUAGAGAUCCUUGUUGAUGUCAAAGAUCUCCCGAUCGAUCAGCACCUGCUCAGUGCGAUGGACAACGAUCAGCGAGAACUUGUAGACACCCUCUUCUCGCGUGAGAAGUAUAUCAACUUAAUCGAAUCCGGAUUCCUGCUCAGACCCAACAGCCGAGAAUCGAUCACAAACGAACGCAACGAACUCAUCCGCGCGAUCGCGUCACUUCCAGAAGAAACCCCAGAGGUCGAACGCGCUCAGCUCUCGAGCAAACUCAAUGCACUCAACGCAACACUCCGCGUUCCAGAAUUUGAGUUCGGCGGACUCAUCGAAGUAGGUGUGAUGCUCAAGCGCCAUCCCGAGCGCCCAGAAGACAAUCGCUGGACAACUGAUAUCAACGCGGUGAUCCCCCAAGCGGGUAUUGUGCCAAAGCAGUUCCCGCUCCCGAUCAUCGCGCGUGAUGUCAACAUUACGAUCAACGACGGCACCGUGCUCCUCCAAGGCGGUCGCUACGAAGGACUCAACGGCGGAUGGGCGCAGGUCGAUGCGAGCUUCAAACCACAAGAAGGGUUCAAGGAUCCGCAGCCGUAUGUAGAGAUCAAAGCGCGCAAUAUUCCUAUUGAUGAUCGGCUCAUCGCCGCGAUUCCGGGAUACUACGACUCGCAGCCUGAAGACCCAUCGGAGAUCACGCUGCGAAGAAUCCUCGAUCGCUUGCGCAUGCAAGGUGUGGUCGAAGCGGAUGCCCAAAUCGGCCCUGGCGCUGAUGGGAAGAUCACAUACGAGGUCCAGGCCGGCAUCAUCGAAGGCUCGGCGCACCCACUCACGAUGGGGCUCCAACUCCAAGAGGACAACGAGCUCUCAACCGAUGAACUCGGUCUUGAUUCGGUCCAGCUCACCAAUAUGUUCGGGACCAUCUAUGUCACGCAGUCAUUGAUUGUCGUGCAUGUCAACGGCGUGUUGGAGUCUCCAUCUCAACCAAUCCCGCCGACACCGAUCGACAUGACCACGCAGCUCACGCUCCCGCGCCAACCCAAGUUCGGGAAUGUCAAACGCGUGGACGGCUUACUCCCAUUCGAGAACGGUCCGCCUGUCUCAGGUCCCGCGCUGUACACGCGCGUGCGUUCCAAUGGUCUCGUGCUUGCAACCCCAGUCGAGCACGCGAUCGCGGUGCUCUCUCCAAACUUCGCGCAGCGCAUCUCAGGAUGGCGCGAUGAUUACAACCCCAAUGGAGAACUCGAUCUACUCACCACCAUCGAGGGACGCGUCGGCGGGACACUCAACACCAUCCUCCAAAUCAAUCAGAUCAAACGCGCGCAGUUCAGUGUCGAGGAUCAUCAGUACCUGCUUGGGAACUCAGUGGGUCCCAUCACGCUCAAACUCGGCGUCAAACCCAAAGUGGAAAGCCGAGGAUUCAGCAUCCCGAUCAGUGUGGAUGAUGAACCGGUCGGGUUAGUGAGUCUCGCUGGAUCCAUGCGACUAGCGCGAGGUGGUCAACUCCUCGAACUCAAAGAUGAACCCUCCCUCCGACUCUCCAUGGACAACGGCAGACUCGGAUCUCCAGGCGUCCGCGCGGUCGUCAACCGCAUGGGAUCAAGCAGCUCAGAUCCAGAUGCCGGGAACACAUCCUUCUUCGAGUAUUACGGCCUCGACGGGCAAUUCGAUAUGCUCAUCGACAUCACACCGAUCGAUGGUGCCCGCAUCAGCGAAUCAGAAUCAGGGACGCUCGGAUUCCCGCCCGUAGAGAUUGACGGCUCACUCACUCCGCGAACACUCUCCAUGGAACGCAACGGCGAUGUUCUCGAGUUCAAUCAGGAUCAGAUCUCAGGAACCAUCCGCUUCGAUGGUCUCGACGGAUACUUCGAUCAGAUCAACGCCGAAAACGACGAGUACACACUCAGUGUCGACGGCAAAUGGGCCGUGACUCCAGGAAGCGGUGCUUCAGUGGACCUCGACAUCGCCGCAGUCGGAGAUGUCCUCCAUGGACCAGUCCGUGUGAUCCUCCCCGACACACUCAGCAGUGUGGUCGAUCAGCUCAAGAUCGAAUCGAGCAGACCAAUUGAUCUCCAGCACCUUCGCAUCAUCGCAGACAAACUGGGGACAGAUUCGACGACUUAUCAGAUCGAGGGGACCGCAUCGGUUCUUGAUGGGAGCGCCCUCGUCGGCGUUCCAAUUACCGAACUCGAUGGACGCGUGAACUUCCGCGUCGAGACAGGGAUCAAAUCAAACGCGGACGAGCGAUCGCCGAUCGAGUACCAGAUCGAUCUGGAAGCUUCGCAGAUGCGCGCCGGAUUGCUUCGCGUGCACAACGCGCAGACCACGAUCCUCAACGAUCCGUUCAAUCCCGGCGUUGUGCUUGUCCCCGAGCUCCGAGCCGGGAUGCACGGCGGGAUGGUGACAGGAAACGCGCAAGUCCAACCGAAUGAGAACGGCGAGCCGUACUACGCUACUGAGAUCCGCACCUCAGGGGUCCGAGCAGCGCCGAUCUUCGACGACAUCUUCCUUCCAGUCGAAGGUCUGGAAGGUCCUCCCUCCCCCGGCUCUUCAGUGGUCCGCUCCGCAUGGAAUGUGGAUUCGGAUGUCUCGCGUGGAAUCAUGCACGCCGACCUUGCAAUGACCGGGCCUUUAGGAGAUCCGGAUCAACGCGUCGGACGAGGAUAUGUCCGCGUGUCGGGAGGUUCGAUUGUCGCGCUCCCUGGACUCAUCAACCUCAUCGAAGCGAGCAACCUCAAGCUCCCGACUGGAUCUCGCCUCAACCUCGCGGAAGCGGAGUUCUACACCGAUGGCCCAACAAUCGCGUUUGAACGCCUCAGCGCGUCCUCCGACGCGAUCGAGAUCCUCGGAUAUGGGACAAUGGACUGGACUUCGCGAGAUAUUGAUCUACGCUUCCGAUCACGAUCGAUCGAGCCGAUCCCAGUCCUCUCAGGCAUCAUUGAGGGGCUCCGCGACGAGCUGAUCACCAUCAGAGUCACCGGAGCGCCGGGAUCGAUCAGCUACGCGCCCGAACAGUUCGGGACGACCAAGCGACUGCUUGAUUCCAUGUUCGUCGAGCUUGACCCGCCCGCGAGCACGCAACCCAAGAACGAGCAAGCUGCACCACCUGAGACUCCCUCAGUCCGUCGCGCCGAUGAUGGCGAAAUCCAAGAUCGGAUCGUUGAGCUCAUCGACCUCGUCGCCGGACGCACCGAUGAGUACGACGCGAAGCUCGUGCGUGAGCUGAUCACCGCCGGACUCAAGCUCCUCCCAGACGGCCGAGACACAGGCGAACUCAAACUCAUGACCGCCGCGAUGAAGGAACUCCGCUACGCGUACCGCGUGUUCGGCCAGUAUCCAGAACCCCAUAAGGUCACGAUCUUCGGAUCGGCGCGGACUCCUGAAGACCACCCCGAUUACCUCGCGGCGGUUGAGUUCUCCAAACUCAUGGCCGAAGCGGGAUGGAUGGCGAUCACCGGCGCCGGAGACGGCAUCAUGAAAGCGGGUCACGAAGGACCCGGACGCGAAUCCAGCUUUGGUGUCGCGAUCCGACUCCCGUUCGAGACCAGCGCCAACACCGUCAUCGCCGGAGAUGAAAAACUCAUCAACUUCCGCUACUUCUUCACACGCAAACUCAUGUUCCUCUCCCAAGCGGAAGCGGUUGUCUGCUUCCCAGGAGGGUUCGGGACACUCGACGAAUGCUUCGAAGCGCUCACACUCAUCCAGACCGGAAAAGCGAGCAUCGUUCCAGUCGUCUUCGUUGACGGAGAUACUCAAGGCGAGCACGGCUCAUACUGGGACGGAUGGAUCCACUACACCAAGACCCAACUCGAAACGCGAGGAUGGAUCAGUCCAGAAGACAACAACCUGUUCUACCACGCGAAGGACCCAAAAGACGCCGCGGAUCAUGUCACGAAGUUCUACUCCGUCUACCACUCAUCGCGUUAUGUCCGCGACGAACUCGUCAUCCGAGUCAAGAAGACACUGAACGAAGAUCAGCUCAGAAUCCUGAACGACGAGUUUGCAGUGCUCGUCAAAUCAGGCGACAUCCACAUGUCCGAUCCGCUCCCACAAGAAAACGACCACCUCGAUCUCCCGCGUGUAGUGUUCACACACACACGCCACAAGUUCGGACUGGCCGAUCAAUCCGACGCGCUCCAGACUGAGAUCGAAGCGGAUACGCGCACGCGCAACUCUGCAAGAGGUCUUCAACUCCGCGUCCUCAAUGUCGAUGAUUCGGGAGAUCGCGUUGCGCGAGCUUUUGCACGCUAUAUAGAUAAUUCCGGAACCAUGCGUCCACAGGAUCGUGAUCGCUGGAAUCAGUGGGGGUUGCGAUGGGUCGUUGUCCCGCAGAGCGAACUCGAUUCGAUCUUGGAUCAGAUGGAUCUCACCAAUGCGAUCCAGAUCCGAUGGAUGGGAGAGUUCCCGCAAUGGAGACCAAUCAUCCGCACAGGAGAGCUCGACAACACCAACAUCCGGAUAGGUGAUUCAUCGUUGCCCAUCUACCGCACACUCGACGGCAGUCCCCGAUUGCUGGCGCGCGUGUGGACCAAGCCCGAACUCACUGAAGAAGGUCUGCAAUCAAAGCUGCACCUCGAUCUCGCAGUCCAGCUCAAAAGAAAGAAUACCGCGACCAAUGUAUGGAUUGAACCCAAACUCCAGACAGCGAUCGAGGAAGGGGCGCUGAUCGAAGAGCUGACGAUGAGCCAAUCACUCGACGAUACUUCCGCGCUUGUGCUUAUUGGAGUGGAUCCCAACACCACAUGGGACUCAGCAAACCAGAUCGUGCAAGAGGGCGACACCACUCCAAAUGUCGGACCCAGCGCUCCUGGCGCUCGCACGCUCGGACAACGCAUGCUCUCCACACCUGGGAGCGGAUAUGUCGCGCCCGGAGUCCGCUACAACCCGCCGAAGAAAGUGCUGAUCGUGCUUGUUCCGAAAACGGAUGACAACUACCGCAUCCUCGCGCCGGCGCCGCAGCGCCGAGAUGCAGGAGGACAAACCGAGAUGGCGAUCGGCAAUGUCGUCGGAUCAAACAUCGCGAACAUCGCGCUCAUCCUUGGAAUAGGCGGGAUGCUCAUGCCCAUCGCGAUCCACCGACGCGUGCGCAUGUCCGAGAUCCCCAUCAUGGUCAUCCUGACCAUCAUUACAAUGGUCCUGCUCUUCGAUCUCAUGCUUUCACGAAUGGAAGGUGUAGGUCUCAUUGUGGGUCUGAUCAUGUAUGUGAUCUACAUCAUCAAAACCCACAAGGAAGACAUCGAGCAUGGGCUCGAUGAUGCCGUCGGCGCUAUCAAACCUGUGUGGAUCGACCUGCUCUAUAUCAUACUCGGCUGCGUCGGACUCGGAGUAGGCGCCCGCGUCCUCGUCAUCGGUGCGACCGAUCUCGCUCAAGCAGUCGGGAUCUCAGCAGGGAUCAUUGCGACCACGAUCGUCGCAUUCGGGACCAGCGUCCCAGAACUCGCCGCGACAAUCCGCGCCGCUGCGGCAAAGCAAGCGGACAUGGCGGUCGGGAACAUCGUCGGAUCCAAUGUCUUCAACUUACUCUCUGUACUCGGAGUUACAGCGUUGGUCAAACCACUCAACAUGGAUCCUGCUAUGAACUGGCACAUAUGGAUCAUGCUCGCCGUCGCGCUGCUUCUCAUGAUCUGGGCAAUUGUCCGUCCGGUAAUCGCCAAAGGAUUCCUGCACGCUCCGCGCUGUUGUGUCGAUGUGAUCUACUUGAUCGGAGAUCACCAUGCUGCGCGUGCAGAUGUCAAACUGGUCGAAUCAGUCAUCACACGAUUGGUCGAGAUGCAGAUCCCUGAAAUCUGGAUCCAGUAUCCAGGAAUGGAUAUGGUCAGCGAGUUUGUCAGCCCCAAGAUCAUGGCGUCCCGCGCCGAGGUCGCGAGCGAUGUUUCACAAGCAUUCCUCGAUGCCUCCAAAGGAGCUCACGCGAAACUCGACUUCCAUCAGUACAAAUCAUCGAUGUCCAAGCUCCUCACGAACCUCAUCGAUGAUCCCAAGAGCGCGAUUUUCAUCGGAGAACUUGUCGAUUCUGGAGCACCAGCAGUGCGCCACGGCGCCAAUGUCGGAUUCCUGAGUCUUCUCCUCGGCAUGCGCCUUGGGUUCUAUCUCAUGCGCGAACGCAAGUAUGUUCCCUCGCGCUUUGCGCGAGAUGUUACAAACCUCGGAGUCGCGGGAAUGCUCCACGAUAUCGGGAUGAACUCGCUCGAUGAUGAGGUCAUCCGGCGCUGGGCCGACAAACACGACUUCGAAGAUACCGCUUGGCAAAAACAUGUUGAGCUGGGAUAUGAGUGUGUUCGUGGAGCCCUCAACCCUUCCGCCGCCUCCGCGGUGCUCCAUCACCAUCAGCACUUCGACGGAUCUGGAUUCCCAAGACGCGAACGCAACGGGAUGCCGGCAACGGGACUUGUUGGUAGUGACAUCCAUAUCUUCUCACGCAUCAUCUGUGCCGCAGAUCUGUUCGAUCGACUGAGUCACAGCGCUUCGACGAUCGGGGAAGAACCCGGGAACCCGCUCGGGAGACCAGCCGUGAUGACGCUCAAAAAAAUGAUGGGCAAGCCCUACGGCGAUUGGAUCGACCCCGUCGUGUUCAAAGCGCUCCUCGCCGUGUGUCCUGCGUACCCACCUGGAACACAGGUCACGCUCAGCAAUGGUGUCACAGGCGUUGUGACUGAUUGGGAUCCCGCAGAUCCGUGCCGCCCCCAGGUCCAUCAGCUCUCGCAUUUCGAGGAUGAAGAGUUUGGUGAGAUCUAUAACCUCAAGGAUGACCACUCCAUCACCAUCGUUGAGUGUGGCGGUAUUGAUGUCCGAGAGCACAACUUCUUCCCGAUCAGCAAGGGGCAGUUCGAUCUGCGAGUCUUGCAGCGCAACCUCAGCAACGCGGCGCAUAUGUUCGCUCCCGACGAAGUCAUCUCGCUCGAUGAUCGCUUUGACCUUGUCAUGAGCGGCGUAGGCAAGUCCAACGCCGCAGCAUCAACCGCGAUCGCAUGCUCGAAUCAUCAGUAUCAUGCUGUCAUAUCAGUCGGGAUCGCUGGCGCACUGCCCGCAGAUUCUCCGCUCAGCAUCGGCGCGACCCUGGUCGCAUCCCGCUCCAUUUUCUCAGACGAAGGCGUUGGAUCACCAGACGGAUUCACAUCUUUGAGUAAGCUCGGAUUCCCAUCGUUCUCAAGCGGGGAUGACUGGAUCGAUCAUGAUCUGGAACUCACUGAAGAUCUAUCCGAGUUCUGUGAUCAAUCUGGAACAGUCGCGACAGUCUCGUGGUGUUCUGGAGAUGAUCAAUGCGCUCAAGGCGUGGUCAAUCGGACCGGCGCGAUCGCGGAAGCAAUGGAAGGCGCCGCCGUGGCGCUCGCUGCGAAGUUGGUCAAUCCACAGAUCCGUACAGCUGAGCUCCGAGUGAUCUCCAACACGACCGGUAAUCGCGCCCAGCAGGUAUGGGAUCUUGAUGGGGCGCUGUCCAAACUCACCGAAGUUCUCGGGAAUCCACUCGCUGUGGACUUCGGGGUUUCAGCAUUGCGCGUGCUCAGAGUCUCCUCCGGAGAUCCCGCAUCCAUCCAGAGCGCCGCGCAGCUCAAGACCCCUGACGACUUGCUCGACAAUCCCGCGAAGCGCAUCCUCUUCCAGUUUGACGCGCUCCCCAAGCUCAUCAAGAGCGGGAAGAUGACCGGACUCCGAGCUGCGUGUGUGAUUCCAACACAGCAGAUGUCCUGCAAGCAUCUUCAGAUCUCUUCAGUCCCAGGAGUGUCGAUGAACGACCUCGCCGCGGGACAGAUGUGCGAUAGACUCGGAUGCGACCCCUCAGCACUAAUCGUCCGCAGCUUCGAGGUCGGACCGUCCAAACAAUCCAACAAACAGGAAGUCAUCUGCUUCGGUGCUUCCAAGUCUUUCGUCGGACGCAUGAUGGACGCGAUCAAACGCGCCAAGCUCGAACCAGUCGGGAUCCACAACGCGUUCGAGACACUCCUGCAAGUAACACCAAAGGCAGAACACCAACAAGGCGCUUCGCUGCUGAUCGAUCUCGGAAGCGCCUGCACGAUCGUGAUGAUCGUCCACAAAGGGAAGAUGGUCUUCGCACGCACCAUCGAGCACGGCGCGAUUUCCUUCGAUCAAGCGAUCUGCAAGCAGUUCCGCUGCAGUGUCAUGGAAGCACGCACGAUGCGAGAGCGGAUCAACGAGAUCGCCGCCGUGACUUCAGGCGUGCAACAGAGCGCCAAUCCGCAUCCGAGCAUGGAUGAUCCGGAUAUCUCCGAACCCAUCGAGAUCCUGAUCGAUGAGAUCAACAUGUGCCUGCGAUACCACCGCGCCACGCUCCCCGAUGUCAGCAUCCAGAACGCGUACUUCGUCGGAGGCAUGGCGGGACACAAAGCAAUCAGCGAACACCUCGCCCGCGUGCUCAACCUCGAGACACGCGUCGUCGAUCCACUGAGCACACUCGGACGCGCGGGAAAGGUUCCCGUCUCCGGCGUAGACCUGAGCAAACCACAACCCGGACAAGCACAAGGAGCUUCUAUGCGAUCACUCAACUCAAAGGACGGGGCCAGCUUCCUGCCAUCGGAUUAUGUCCGAGGCAAAGGACAAGCUCGCGCCUCGAUGUUCGCGAUCCUUCUCUUCGUGCUCGUGCUCGCGGGAGUCAUCGGCGCGUUCUUCGUCAAUCACCAACGCUGGAACCGCGUGCGUGAAGAGCAGAAACUCGUUGCCGCCGCAUUCAAAGAAGAGACCGCGAAGAUCGAGCAGCUCAAGGUCCUCGAAGAACAACGCGUCGUGCUCACUGAUAAAGCAGAGAUCGUCACAGCACUCAAAGACCGCGUCCCACGCUCAGUGCUCAUGGGAGAAAUCGUCCGAGGCAUCGGAUCAGGGAUCACACUCACAGAAAUCGACCUCGAAGGUGACCGCGUGCGUCCGCCCGCACCAGCACCAAACCCAAACGGUGCGGUCAAAUCCAUCGGAGUCAACGGCGUGGGUUCAAGCAAAGAACAAGCACCCGCGAAGCCUAAGGUCCAUCCACCCCGAUUCGUAUUCAAGCUUACCGUUGAUGGACUCUCCGAGAACAACGACGACAUCGCUGAUUACCUUGUCUCACUCAAGGGAUCGCCGCUACUCAAAGAUGUUGAACUCCAGUACAUCAACGAGACGCUGAUUGAUUCGGUGCAAUACCGCAAGUUCCGGAUCACCAUGUCACUCGCGCCAGACGCGAAUGCGAGCAUGGUUGAGGGAACCGUAGAGAUCGGGAUCGAGCCGCAAGAAGAGUUUCGUAUGCAGUUUGGAAUCCGAGAACUUGUGCUCUUCCUCACCGUCCUGCUUCUGCCGGUCGUGAGUUACCUGAUGGUGUUCCGCCCGCAGAGCGCGAACAUCGAGAGCGCACAAACCGAAAUCGCGCACAAGCAGGAGAUGCUCAGCAAGCUCCGCGCCGAGACAGCACGCAACGACGAUCUGCACCUCGUCAAUCAGCAGAUCCUCGAGCGAAUCGAUUCGAUGGAGUCCAUGCUCCCAUCGAACAAAGAAGUCGACCAGAUCGUCCGUCAGGUCUCCGGACUCGCGAUCGAAGCCGGACUCACCUCGCCAACACUCAAGAGCACCAAGCCGCUCGCGGCAGCUCAGUAUCGCGAACAACCACUCGAGAUGAGCAUCGAGGGUUCGUGGUCAGGGUUCUACGCGUUCCUCAUCAAGCUCGAGCAGAUGCCGCGAAUCACACGGAUCGUGGAUAUGAAAAUCGAAGACACCACGAGUGAUGAAUCCGAAAUCAAAGCGAGCUUCACGCUCAGCAUCUUCUUCCGCAACGAGGGUUCAGCUGAAUCCAAUGUCUUCCUCGACCUGAACAAGCCUGACGAAGCGACGGGUGUUCCUUCCGUGAUGCCGGGGAUGAGCGAGUCUGGACCAUCCGGCGGCUCAUCGUUCUCCCCUGGCGCAGGAUCCGGAGAAUCCAAGUUCAACGGACAGGUCAUCCUCGCCGGACUCGUGUUCACGAUCGGCGUCGGAUCGAUCUACGCGAUGCGUUACAUCGGAAUGCAAGCCGGGAUCAAAGAGUCCGUCGCGAUGGUCGAGUACACCGCUUCGACGACCACCCCCGACUUUGUUGAGCGAUUCGAUGGGAUUAUGAGCGAUCUCGAAGAAGUCUCGAUCUCAGUGCAGUUCGAUAACUCCACCGUGCUCCCCCAAGAACCAUUCAUCCUUGAAACCGAGAUGGUCGCGGAUGCAACUUACGAACCAAGUGCUUCGGAGACAGUUGAUCCACGCGAACAGUACGCACGUAUGGCGCGUCAGCGAGCCGAGAUGGAACGCAUGGCGCGCGAAGAGAAACUCGCUGAGUACGAGUCGAUCGCGCAGGGACUCACCCUCCAGAGCUUGAUCGGCGGCUCGCGUCCAGUCGCGCGUAUUUCCGGCGAACCCGUCGCUGUGGGGAUGAUGGUCGCGGAUACCUUCAAGGUCGUCUCCAUCAAGGGAUCGGUGGUUAUCCUCGAGGUCGAAGAUAUCCGAUACGAACUUGGACUCGGAUCAAGCGCCGUGCGCAUCGACUAA